UCCAUCUUCUUGUCAAUUCCCACUCUCCCACUCCCGUCCCCUCCUCUCCUCUAUGCCCCCAGAACGAGUCAAACCAGCUCAGCCCACAGCUCACACAGGCCGCGAACCCCGCUCGCGUCUCGACCGCCCUUGCGACGCCUGCCGCCGGCACAAACAUAUGUGCAUGAUCCCCGUGCGCGGCGAGCCGUGCGUGAGCUGUCGCGUCCGCGACAAAGAGUGCACGUUCCUCAUAGGCCCGACGGCUCGGAAGCGCAAGCGGCCCGACGCGGGCCCGAGUAGUCAGCCCGAGAGGAGCAGGGAGCCGUCGUCGUCCGUCGGUCUCGACUGGGACGCCGCGCCCAGCCCCCGCGUUCCGCUCCAACCUCGCACCGACGACGGCGUGCCGCUUGACGACGAAGCCGAGGACGAAGAGACGCACUUUGUCGGGCUCGGCUUCUUCGGCCUGCUCCCGCGCGACGCCGGCGCCGCGACGUUCAGCCGACACGCAACCCUCGCGUUCCGGCAAGUCUCAAGCGAUCCCCGCCGCCCCGCAUACUUUAUCAAGCACCCAUCGCUCCUCUACGGACGUGGACCGAGCAGUGCGUCGGCCGCGCUCGACGAAGUACGCCGCCUCUGCGCCCCGGUUGCGCCCGACAUCCCCGCCCGCGCAUUGCAUCUAUUCACCACGAUCACCCUCCCCGCCCUCCCGUUUGUGCAUCCCCGGCGCCUCGCGCAGAGCAACCCACCCGCCCUCGUCGCAGGCAUCGUGGCUCAUUGUACGAGCUACAUCCCCGAGAUUAGGCACUUGCAUCGCGCGUUGUGGCAGCAAGCCCUGCUCGCCCUCGAGGACGAGUACCGCCAGCCACGGCUGCGCACGCUCCAGCUUGCCCUGCUGAUACUCACCUCACGGCCGAGCGAGAACGUGGGCCAGCGCGAAAUUGGCCUUGCGCGCGCGGCGGGGUGCGCGCACCUCCUCGGCCUACACAUGGACUCGAGCGUAUGGGCACUUCCCGCGUGGGAAGUCAGUGUGCGCACACAGAUAUGGUGGACGCUUUUCAUACAUGACAAGUGGCCUGCGUUGCUGUACGGCCGUCCAUCAAAUUUGCACCACAGUAACUACAAUGUGCCUCUGCCGUCUGUCGGUGAGGACGCCUCGUCCGCCUCUUUCCUCGCAACAUGUCGUUUGACACUCAUCGCCGACAAGCUCCUCGAGCGUUUCUUCAGUGUACACGCCAUCACUGCACCUCAAGGCGAACUCACGCGCCUCGCGGCGCUCGAGGGCAUUCUCGCCGACCUCGAGGCGUUUGAGGACGGACUCCCAGACCCACUACGCUCCACGACUGGGUUGGCGCCAACUGGCGUCCGCUCGUUCCAGCUCUCCCUCUGCGGGCUAUACGUUAUCACACACCGGACGAUCAUCGAAGCGCUCCCUUCUGGGGGAGUACACAUCUCGCUCGCGCACUCUCGCGCCCUAGACGCAUGCGAGCGUCUUUCCGCCCUCGUGCUCAGCCUCACAGACGCCGACCGCGCGGCAUUCUGGAUGCCCUACUCAUCACACCACAUCUCGAACGCCGCGAGCCUGCUUCUGCGCUUGGCGCUCGCGCACACCGACGGCGCGCUGGCAUGCACCGCGUCGCUCGUGCACGGUCUGGUGGACAUGUACUCGACGACACGCUGGGAUAUCGCCGAGGCCGCACUGCGCCGCAUCGCCGUCGUGCUCGCUGUCGGGAGCCGCGAGCUGCCGCUCGCAGAGACGUACCGCACCGUCGCGGACACUCUCGGCAUGAGUGCCGCGCCGGAGGGCGAGGCGACGGACCAGCUCCUCGAGUCGCUGGGCGUCGGCCAGGCGGACUGGCUAGACGCCGACCUCUCGUGGCUUGACUCGGCGAUGCUGUUCGGCGCGCUGGAUUCGGCGGGGUUGAGUGAGGUGGUAUAG